AUGAACUCAGUUCUGACUCAGCUACAACCCUCCGCACCCCAUCAAUCUCGAUUGGAAGAGGACGAUGAGUUUGAACAUACCGACGCUGCUUCAUGGGGAAGUAUGGCUGGAUUUGGCAACCUGUCUAGAACGGGUGGUGUACAAGGGAUGAGCGUACCUAGAGUAUCUGAUCCAACAUCGUUUCUUGAUAUGCACACGGAUAACAUGUCCUCCAACCCUGAAGCCAAGAUAAAGAUAGCACACGGUACGACGACUUUGGCGUUCAAAUUCCAAGGUGGUGUCAUAGUGGCUGUAGAUUCAAGAGCAACUGCUGGAAGUUAUGUUGCCUCUGGGACGGUGAAGAAAGUAAUCGAGAUUAACAAAUUCUUACUUGGUACUAUGGCUGGUGGUGCUGCUGAUUGUCAAUACUGGGAAACAUACCUCGGUAUGCAAUGUCGAUUAUACGAAUUACGAAACAAGGAGAGAAUCUCGGUAGCGGCAGCUUCAAAGAUAUUGUCAAACAUCGUGUAUCAGUACAAGGGUAUGGGCCUAAGUAUGGGAACUAUGGUCUGUGGAUGGGACAAAACCGGACCCUGUAUCUUCUAUGUAGAUGAUGAUGGACAGAGAUUGAAAGGAGAUUUGUUUUCUGUUGGUUCAGGUAGUACUUUCGCCUAUGGUGUACUUGAUCAAGGCUACCGAUGGGAUCUGACAGAUGAGGAAGCCCAAGAGUUAGGUAGAAGGUCAAUCAUCGCUGCUGGUCAUCGAGAUGCUUAUUCAGGUAAUACAUGUAAUUUGUAUCACGUCAAGCAAGAUGGUUGGGACUUUAUCGGCAACUACGAUGUCAAUGAGUUGUGGUACGAGUACGAGGGCAAGAAGAAGGCUGAAAGGGAAUCGCAAAACGCUGCAGCUGCUGCGUCUCCAAUGGCCGUUGAACCAUAG